AUGGCUGAAGAACAUCGGUGCCAGGCUCCACAACUAUGCGUCAACAACUGCGGCUUCUUUGGAAGCCCAACGACGCAGAACUUGUGUUCCAAAUGCUACCGUGACUUGCAGCUCAAGGAACAACAGACGCUCGCUCUCAACCAAACCUUAAUCUCAUCCGCCUCUGCCUCCUCUUCCUCCCACUCGUUCUUGUCUCCGCUGAUCUCCGUCUCGCCGUCGCACGACGCGCGGGUGGAGCGCGUAGUGGAAACGAAGGAGGAAGAGGAGAAGGUCGUGGAGGAGGCGCCGGCUGCGAGGCAGGCGAACAAGUGCAUGACGUGCAGGCGGCGCGUGGGGUUGACGGGGUUCAAGUGCAGGUGUGGCAUGACGUUCUGUGGGACCCACCGGUACCCGGAGCAGCACGCGUGUGGGUUCGACUUCAGAUCGAUGGGGAAGGAGCAGAUCGCCAAGGCCAACCCGGUCGUCAAGGGCGAGAAGCUGCAGAAGAUCUGA